AAAUAACCUCUCACAAAUGUUUCAAUAAAAUUUAUCUAUUAAUUAGAUAAACGAACGCCAUACAAAAACUAAUAUGGCAAUUUAUAGACCAGCAGGUUUAUCGGAUGAUGACACUGACAGCGAUGAUUAUGGAUUCUACGAAAAGCCGGUAAGGAAAUAUCCUAUUCCUCAGCAAAAUACUAGAAAAACAAUUGAAGUCACCUUACAAGAUGCUAUUAUAAAUGGAAAUGUUCAAGAAGUCGAAAAUAUUAUAAAUGCAGAUCUCAAACAAAAUGUUAACAUGAAGUUGGAUAGUGGUUGGACUCCUCUAAUGCAUGCCUGUUUCCAUGCGCAAGAUAAAAUUGUAGAGCUUUUAUUGAAUUCAGGUGCUGAUGCAAACUUACAUGCAGAUUCAGUAACUCCUAUUAUGGCAGCAUGUUCUAAUAGUAGUGCAAACAAAGAUACCAUUUUCAAUAUUAUUAUUAUGUUAUUUAAAAAAAACUGUAUUUUAAAUAUUGGUGACAAAUAUGGUCAGACACCUCUAAUGCGAGCAAUAAGUAGUGGUUGUGGUACUGUUGUUCAAAAACUAUUGGAAGAAAAAGUGAAUAUUGAAAUGAGAGAUCAGCAAGGCUGGACAGCAUUGUUUUGGGCAGCUCACCACAAUCAGCCAGAAAUCUUGGAAAUGCUCAUAGAAAAUGGUGCCAGAUUAAAUGAAGUCGAUAAAUCCAAUAGGACUGUAUUAGAUAUUGCAAUGUCUCAUGAUUAUCACAAUAUUGUUGAAAUAUUAAAUAAGUACCAGAAAACAGAUACUGAUGAUAAUGAGGAAGAGAAAAGCUUUUACAGUAACCAAAUAAGGUCCUGGUUUGAUUAUUAUCCUGGAAUGAAAAAGGGAGAUAAACCAAAUUAUGCAUCUGAAAUACCCCACCUACUCUAUGGAAUGAACUGCGAAAGAUUGACACAGAUAAUUGAAAGCAGUGGAAUGGAUCUAAGAACAUUUUUGCUUCUGGAAGAGGACGAUAUGACUAAGUUGGGUAUUGAUAUGCCAUAUGAACGGCAAAGACUAAGAAAUGGUCUACGUAAUUUUCAUAUGAGAGGUUGGAAAUUAAACGCUGUAGCGGGUCUGUAUGCACGAAAAAUAGAAAAUUUCACGGUAUUAGACUGCCUCACUUCAAUGGGAUCCCACUUACAGCAAAUAUACAUUUUAGAAGCAACCUUACAAUACCUACUGAGAGAAUACAAAAAGGUUCAGAAUCAAAUAAAAUUUGAACCACCUGAUUCACCUCUGCUGUUAAAAUUAAAAACGGCUCCUAAGAAAAUUCUAACUAAUAUCAAUAGUAUAAGACAAGAAAUAAAAAUUAUGAAAAAUGUACUCACUAAGAUAAAUAGAAACAACCCACCGCCAGCUGAUUUGAUCAGAGAGAAAACAUCUCGAGAAAUAGUAAUGGGUUACGUCACAGAAGUGCUAGUCGGCUGCUCUCUAGGUUUCUUAGCUUACCACGCCAGAAACUAUAUCGCUACCCUGAUUAAGAAGUAGUUAGAUAGGUAUCGGAACCAAUUUAAUAUUACACUUUUAAAAGUUUAAAAUCAUCUUUUAUUUUAAACACACAAAAAAAUUCUUGUUUACCGUAUUUUUGUUUGAUUUCGCCGACAUAAUAGAGCCAAAUGAAAAGAUCUUUAAUUUUAAAACCAAUAUUGAAAUUAUUAUUGAUAGUGUUGAUUGAGUAUGAGAAUGCAACGAGAUGGUCAAUGAUGAAUACUCUGUUAAAAUUUAAAAUUUUAACAUAUCUAUAUGUCUUCUUUCAUUUGUAUCUGUCUUAGGUAUCAGCAAUGCUGCAUUUAUGCACAGUCUUUGCUUAUUUGACUCAGGUGCCCAAACCUAAACAAAAAAAAAUUGGCAACUUUUUCUGCGAGCAUCUAUCAUAAGCUAUUCUCUUUACCAAAUAUGAAAUGAAAGUGAUCGCAGUAAUCGUGAGUAAUUCUGUAAAAAAAUAUGCCAGGCCACUCAGAAAGUAAUGCGAAAAAAAGUUUUCAUGUAUAAGACACUGGCCACUUGUAAUUAUUUGUGACUUCUUGUUAUUCCCAAAAAUAAAAAGUUCAAAGGGAUACAGAUUUUAUCGCCGGAAGAAGAUUUUAUUUAGUUUCUCAAAACUUUCUGAGUGUCCUGUCCUGUAAAUGAAUUCGUCUAGCGGCAGGCGCUGGUUCGAAUCCAGCUUGAAUAUAAUUAUGGGUCUUUUAUAAUAAAAACUAUGUCGCUAUUAUCUUCUUUCAAAUUGUUGAUACGAGUAAAAGUAUUUCGUUUUACACCAACGAUAUUAAAUACCUUAG